AUGCUACCAAAAGCCGAAAUCGUUGACAAGAAUCUGACAGCUGCUGCAGCACAUGCAAAGAUACUUCAAAAUUUGUUCCAGGAGCAGCAGCGAAGGAAUCGCACAGUGAAUUUUACACUUCUGCAGUAUGCCCUCUGGAGUGACACUCAGAUUUCUUCGAUCUUCAUGGCUCCUCUCGCAUUUGACGUUGGGCCCAGCGGCUGGGUAACCACCCUUCGAGAUGAAACGGAAAAAUACCUUGACCCAAGUGUUGAAAGUGCAGAGCUGAAAGCAUUCUUUAUCUCUACGAGGACUACUCUACAGACCUGGUUACAUUACGGUCUCAAUGGUGUACCUGUGCCACCACUCAUAAUGCCGAGGCUGACCACGACAGCCUGUCUACAGCAGGGGCGGAUGAUCAAACACUAUAUUCAGGACGUUCACAACCCGUCACCAGCAGGUGGAGAAGAAGGUGGGGACUCUGUGGAGAGGAAGGAGUAUUGGUAUACCCAGCAAUAUUUGAUUCUUGCAGAGUUUCUCUGGACCCACCAUUUAAGCUACAGAGUCGAGGUCUGUGGUAUAGACCUUUUCGAUAUGGUUCCGACGCAACUGAAGAAUCUUCGGGCGGCGCUGGAGCGUGCUGAAGACCUGAAUCGAGACCUGGCACACUCUUGUUCACCAAAAUAUCGGAAUGCUCGCCUCUGGGCCCUCUUUAUUGGCGCACAUGCUGAAUGGUCGAAGUCGAAAUCCAAGCAGAAAACAUCAGAGCCAUCUUCACCAUCGAACAAAGAUCUCCUCGAGAUGAAUCAAGUGGAGAGGAAAUCCCCCCACUUUAUCAAAUGCUCCAGAGACUUCAAAAACUACGACUGGGAGAGCGAUAGAGAGAUUGGCAAUCGAUGGUUUUCGACCCGACUGGCUCGCCAGGUGCGGGACAUGAAAAUGUCGAUAUAG